AUCGCCGCGUUCUAAAACUGGACCUUGCGAUUUGACAUGUUCAAUCUCUGGCGACUCCUUGCAACGCCUUGCGACGCCUUGCAACGGCUUGCAACGACCCGUUCACACCGCCCCUGCGACGUUCUAAAACCGUCUCGUUGCAAGGUGAAUCUUUGGUCUGAACUGGGCUUAAGACCAUCACAUGCAUUUGCAUGGGUUUAUGCCUGUUUAUGCGUGUGCACAUCAAAUACACAUGUAGGUUGUACGAAGUACAAUAAUGUAUUACGAAUACGAAAUAUAUUUAUUGUAUAAACAAUAAAACUAUAUUGAAACUACCUGGUUUACUAUUAUUUGUUAAAUAUCGUCAACAACAUACUUCAAACAUGAUCCAACGUUGUUUACAAAUGUUCCUAGGCAACGGCAGAGGAGCUCUUUCCAACAGUAGCACCGACCUCGCACCAGGAUGGCCAACGUGCGGAUAUCGGAGCGGCUACCGUGGCUCCUCAACUCCCACCUCGCCCCGGUCGCCUACGGGAGCUGGGCUCUCCCGAAGCUGGUCCUGGAGCUCCAGCAGCCGGACACACUGACCCGACAGCGGGCUCUAGCGUCGCUCUGCGACCUCGCACACGACCCUGAAAAGGCCUAUCAAGCGAUUCAAAACGGUUGCCUGGAGCAGUUGAAGCUGUUGCUGAGAGACAACGAGCCUUCGAUCCGGACGCGAACCUCGGAGCUUCUCUUUCUUCUGGUCGCCCACAGUGUCGGCAGAGAGGCCUUCCUGUGCCGUGAUGUUCUCUCUCCUCUGGCUGAGCUGAUAGAUGAGUCGCAUCAUGCCUGUAAACUCAACGUCCACCGGACCCUGAACCGACUGGCCAACUUUCCCUCAGCUGCAAUGUCAAUGGUGUCUAUGGACCUGGUUCCACGCCUGGUGGCAAAUGUCAACGAGGAGGAAGACGAGGUCAUACAGACCCUUCUCCUCUAUACCAUCAGUCUGUGUUUGAGGGUGGAUCCCCGGCCCGCCCUAGCCUGUAAUGGGGUGUCUGUCCUGGGCAAGCAGCUCUCCACGCCCUCCCUGGGAAUCCGUAGAGCUGCGUUGAACGCUCUUCUGGCCAUCAGUGUACCUCUGGAGGGGAAGGAGAGGGUGUGUGAUGGGGGCCUCCUACCGUUACUGGUAAAGCUGCUGUCGGACUCGGACCCCGAGGUCCAGGCCAACGCUGCUGGUACCAUAAUGAACACUGUCAUCAUUACUAAAGGUAAGCUCCAAGCUCUGUCGGCAGGGGCCCUCCCUGGACUCCUGCUCCUGGUGUCCAGCGAGGAGCGGGCGGUGUGCCUCAACGCCCUGAAGGCCCUCACGGCACUGGCCGAGGCCCCUAGCGGCCGGCGCCAUCUGUUGGAACACGUCCCGGUGCUGAGCAGCCGGACGGGGGCCCACGAGGAUCAGGCGGUCCGGCGGGCUGCACAGUGCGCUCUCCAGGUGGUCACCUGGACGCCCUGA